UUGUAGGAGAUUUGAAAAGUGUUUAACAACACGUCUGAAAAUUCGUGCCAGGAAAAAAUAAUCUGGUUAGUUGCCCCCAAAAUCACUUAUUUCCUUCCUUACCCUUUUAUGAUAUGAACUAUUCGAUGUCUCCUUUUCCUAAUUACAACCGUUCAAUAUAGUUUUGUAGAUCUAUAUAUACAUACAAAAUUUUCUAUUGGUACCUAAGUCAUUAUUAUUAUUUAUCUAUAAUGGUUCGAGUUUUUUAAAAAGAAAGUCUUAGUUCAAUAAUAUACGAUAAAAUUUGGGGUGCGCCUAUGGUGACAUGCAUGUCAUCGUAACUUGCACUUUUCGGUCGACCUCAAUUAGGAUUAGGUCGACAUAAUAUGUUGUUUCAGUGUAAAAACAGUUUCAUGAUGCCUACUUUGGAGAUUCAUAUCUUACAAUUGGCUCGAUGGAAAUUGGAGAUUAAUGGCUUGUUUUGAAUUUGGAGUGUCCCUCUACACAUUGAAGUGCUUGGGACCUCGAUAGGAAGUCCCGAAGACCAUUUUUGAACUUGAUCAAAAGGCUAUGUCAAAACUGGGAAACUGCCUGAAAAUGGCCAAGUCUGGAAAAGUGUUUGUGAAGUCUACUUUGGAGCUCAAUUAGAGAAGCAUGGAUGAGAUUCGAGUCCAUGAGCCUCUACAACAUGAAAGUAUGUAUGUUUGUCUAUAGAGUCAAGGCAUUGGAUGAAAUAUUGGAUAUCUGGAAGGCUUCAAACAAAAGACUCGAAGUUGCUACGAAGUAAGCUGUCUUCCAGCACAAGACUGAAACGGCAUAUUAGGUAGACCUAAUCUUAUAUGAGGUCGACCUAAAAGUGCAAGUUACGCUGACAUACAUGUCACCAUAACAAAGUCCUAAAAUUUGAUCUCAAAGAAGAGAUUAGGAGUCUUUUAACAUUGAAAAUUUAGGAUAGGAUCAGAAUGAUUCUUUGAAUAUAAGAUCAUAAUAAAUGAAAAACAGGAAGUCUAUAAAAAAUAAUUGAAAAAAAUAGAAUUUACUGUCCAGGUGUCUUCAAAAGAUUGAAUUUCCACAAAUAGUGUAAGAAGUGGGUUAGUGGCCGUGGGCUUGUAGAAAAUGAAUAAGACUUUGUGGGCUGGUAGAAACUAAAAUGUAAAAAGGAAGUAACAGCAACAGUGAACGGUUUUACGCGAAAAGGCGGAGAGGAGAAGACCAAUCAAUCCCUCCGAAUUAUGUGGUAUAAACAGCACGGGCUGAUGUGGUAAUAGUCUUAUAUUGACAUUGCCUUAUAUGUUUUUGUAGACCAGUAAAAGAGCCCUUAAUGGCUAAAAAGUGGGAUGUUAAUUAACAUUAAUGAGAGGUAGUCAGGUGAAACGUACGUCGGCACCACCCAAAAUUUUGGCCGCCGAUCUCGCAUCUCACCGGAGUCUCCGGGAAAGACCUUGUGGUCUCCGGCCUGAAUAGCAGAGAACAAACCACAAACUCAUCCAACAAAAAAUCAAACAAGAAGGGGUAUUACCGGCCGGAAGUGAAAUCCGGUGAUAGUUUUCUAAACCAGGAACGAACGGAUUCGGGAAACCGGUGAUACUGAGAGGCGCAGAGCAGAGUCGCCGUGGGUCGACUGUGGCCGACUGUCCGUGCGGAGGGGAAGUGAACUGGGAGAGCCUCAGUGCGCGACAGUAGAGGAAGAGCACAGAGGACUCGACGGAAUUAGGGAUUGUGGACAGAUCCGUAACUCUGUCCGAAACGGCGUCUUAGGCGGCCGUUUUCCCGCCGGUGGACGCGCAAUGAGCGCCAUCAGGACCAAGCUUCAUCACCAACUCCAGACCGUCACGGCGAGAAUUCCCGUCGUCAAUUCGACGGCGGCCACCAGAGGCGGGGUUCAACCAUGGAACAGUCGAUUAAGGGAGCUAGCAAACAAGUCGCUCUUCUCAGAAGCCCUGUCUGUCUACCUCCAAAUGCUUCGCUCUGGUGCAUCCCCGAACGCAUUUACUUUCCCGUUCGCACUCAAGUCAUCCGCCGUGCUUUCUCUCCCCGUCACCGGAGAACAGCUCCAUGGCCAAGCGAUCAGAACGGGUUGUUUGUUAGAACCCUUUGUCCAGACCUCUCUGAUAUCAAUGUACUGCAAGUGCAAUUUUGUUGACGUUGCGCGCCAGGUGUUUGAUGAAAAUCCCCUGUCCAGGAAGCUCACGGUUUGCUACAAUGCUUUGAUUGCUGGGUACGCCCUGAAUCUCAGAACGAAGGAUUACAAAUUUUGUUCACAAGUAUCUUGUCAUCAUUGUGCUUUCUAGUUUUUUUGCCAAACCAUGAUAAGAUCUAAAGAAAUCAAGAAUGAACAACACGAUUUGGGAUAGGAACCACCGUUCCUGUAUCCGUAGAAAAUGGUGGUAAACACGAACUCACCUGCCAAACUGGUUUGAAUUGAAAUUUCUAUCGGGUAUCAGAAAACCAUAUGAUUAUAAAUUAGACUUGAUCAAAACGGGCCAAAACUUGAAAUUCAGCCUGUUUUACCGACCCAUGCCAAACUCUAAUUAUUCUUUACUUUUAAACUUUUUAUUUGAAAAUUAAAAAUAAUGAAAGAAAAGAGAUGACUGCAAUUUGCCAUUUGCACAUCACUGAUUCGGGAAUAAAACUAUAGAAUUUCG